GAGUGGAAGUGUGUCGGGCCGGGAAGAGACGCGAGCGAGGAAGGGCGCCUGUGGCUGGGUGGGGACAACCAGGAAGCUGGCGGCGGCGGCUGCUCCUAUGUCUCUUAAAGUGGUGGAGAGAAACGGGCCUAGCUGGGCCAAGUUGAACAGCUGCCCGUCCAGGCGGCGAUGUGGAGUUCUGGCCUUGGCCAAAGAGACUUUGCAAGCGGAGUAAACGCCGCUCGCUCUGGGGUGGCAUCAGUGGAACCCUCCAGUUCGCCGUGAAGCGCGUGGCUCGGCUGCAGAACCCCUCUUGACAUUCCAGAGCUCAACUCGGAAAGUGGUGGAGUCGCAGAGGGAAGGGAAGGUCUCUGAGCGUGUGCAGAGUGCUUCCCCCCACCCUGUCUGGGAUUAUGGCAGGAUCGGCCUUCCAGUUCUAACUGACUUCCAGACAAGCUGUAGCUCUAGCUUCCCACUGUUUAGAUGUCAAUCGCUGUGGUUUUCUUUCCACAGCUCAAAAUGGUCCAAAUCCUGAAUGGGAGGGAAAAGUAACAGAAUACUUCAAAGAGAAACUUAAAGAAAACAAUGCAACUAAUUGGGUACCUUCAUUGAAUGAUGUUCCUCUACAUUAUUUGAAACCAAAUAGUUUAGUCAAAUUCCGUUGUAUGGUUCAAGAUAUGUUUGAUCCUGAAUUCUUUAUGAAUGUCUAUGAAACAAUUGACACACAUACUAAAUCACGUGUUUUGCAUUUUGGAAAAUACAGAGAUGUUGCAGAAUGUGGGUCUCACCAGGAAAUAGACUUAAACCCUAAACAAACAGUCACUGCAGAGAGACAGACAUUUUACUGUGUUCCAGUGCCUGGAGAAUCAGCAUGGGUAAAAGAAGCCUAUACCAGUGCAAGCCAGGCUCGAGUUUGUCCUUCAACAUCCUACACACCAAGUCGCCACAAGAGGAGUUAUGAGGACGAUGAAGAUAUGGAGUUGCAUCCAUCUAAACAGAGAGAGCACCUAGGGAGUGUAACUGAUAUCCACGGGAGUGGAGAGCCAAAGCGAUUAGAAACGGAAGCUUCUGCAAGACAUCAAAUGAUCUCCAUAAAUUGCUCACCUCCACUAGAUUUAAACUUUCCACUCCCAGGAGAAAAGGGCCCUGCAUGUCUUGUGAAGGUAUAUGAAAAUGGGGAUAGCUUCAAGGUGAAUGAUAUUCUUGAGGUGUAUGGAAUUUUGUCAGUCGAUCCAGUCCUGAACAUGAUAAACAGUGAAGAAAGGGAGAAUUCAUUUCCAGUGGAGUCUAUGGAUUGUAUGGACACAGUGGAAGAACAAAGAGUUCAUAGUCCUCCAGCCUCAUUAGUUCCUAGAAUCCAUGUGAUUUUAGCACAGAAACUUCAACACACAAAUCCUUUAUUGCCUGCCUGCCUUAAUGAUGAGGAAAGCAAGAGCUUUGUUUCUAGUUUUAUGUCAGAGCUGUCAUCUGUCAGAGCAGAACUUCUUGGCUUCCUCACUCAUGCCUUUUUGGGAGACAGUCUGGCUGCUGAGUACCUUAUACUGCAUCUCAUCUCCACAGUCUAUGCACGAAGAGAUGUUCUUCCUCUGGGAAAAUUCACAAUCAACUUAAGCGGCUGUCCAAGAAAUAGUGUCUUCACAGAACACACAUACCGCAUUAUUCAGCAGCUUGUUCCUGCAUCUUACCGCCUGAAAAUGACCAUAGAAAACAUGAACUGCUUACAACUUAACCCUCACAAAGACUAUACAGCUAACCGCUUGGUCAGUGGAGUACUACAGCUGGCAAGCAACACAUCUCUUGUCAUAGAUGAGACUCUGCUUGACCAAGGACAGCUUGACACAAGAGGUGUAUGCAAUGUGACAGCGCUGGGCCACUUGAUCACUUGGCAGAAGGUGGAUUAUGACUUCAGUUACCACCAGAUGGAAUUCCCAUGCAACAUUAAUGUCCUUAUUACUUCAGAGGGCAGAUCCCUCCUACCGUCGGACUGUCAAGUUCACCUGCAGCCACAGCUCAUUCCCCCAAAUAUGGAGGAGUACAUGAACAGCCUUCUCGCAGCAGUGCUGCCUUCCAUCCUGAACAAGUUCCGCAUUUAUCUAAGCUUGUUGAGACUGCUGGAUUACAGCAUAUCUGAUGAAGUGACCAAGGCUGUAGAAGAUGAUUUUGUGGAAAUGCGUAAAAACGACCCUGAGAGUAUCACUGCUGAUGACCUUCACAGAACUCUACUCGUAGCAAGAUUCCUUUCUCUCAGUGCUGGACAAACAACACUAUCAAGAGAGAGGUGGCUAAGAGCAAAGCAGUUGGAAGCACUACGGAAAACCAGACUACAGCAGCAGAAGUCUGUUAAUGGAAAUGAACUCUGAAAUUGCAGCAACAGUUACUUAUGACUGCAAAUUUUGCCUAAUCAAUGUGGCGCUAGUACUAAGGGAGCUGUUUAUAUUGGGUUUUGUAGAUAAUUUGUACCAGAAAGUUAUGGCUGUUCUUUUGAACUUGAAUACAAUGUGUUCAGUUAACUCAUACUGAUAUAAUUUUGGAGCUUGUUUUGUAACUGAACUAGUAACUAUGGAAAACAUUGUUUGAUAUUAAAGGUUUACUAUAAAACUUU